GUUGCCCACAAGAUUUUAUUUAUAUAUAGUUUUAACAAACAGUUGAUUGCUAAAUCCUCAUCUUUUCACAUCAAUCUCUAUUUUUUCUAUAUUCGAUCAUAUGAUACUUUUGAAACUUGCCUUGCGUCUUGUUUCGAGAAAGCAGUAAACAUCAACUGAUUUGCUGCAACACAUAUCAAAAUGGAUAUAGAUGUGAUACAAUAAAAAUAACACUAAAUUUCAGGUUUGUGCACCUUCGCAGUUACUACCGUGACUGUAAGCCGGAAAUUUUUGAUUCUUAUUGGACGAUGUAACCCACAAGGUACUUGUACAUCAAAGUUACCUGAUAUCCAUAUAUAAAUAUGCCUUUGUUUUUGUAUCAAAAACGAUCUAUAUAAACACUGGUUGUUUCCAAAAACAUUAAAUAAUGAACUAUCGACUUAUAUCCAUUACGUUGUCAUUGUUCUUACUACUGAAUCAGGUUUAUGCACAAGAUGCAAACGCUUCUGAAGAACAAGACGCAUGUCAAUCGAUACCUAUAGAAAAUUACAAUAUUGGGUUUCGCGUUGGUUCUAUCUUUAUCAUUCUUGCUACUACCACAAUUGGCACUUAUGCUCCUAUCCUUCUACAUCGCAUUAGUCCAUACAAGCAAGGCGAUGCUCGGGACUGGAUCCUGACCAUUGGAAAAUUCUUUGGUACUGGAGUCAUUCUCGCUACUGCAUUUGUCCACAUGCUUCCUGACGCUCUUGAAAAUUUUUCAAGUCCAUGCUUAACCCAAGGAUGGUUAUCAUACGGUGCAUUUGCUGGUGUAUUUUGUAUGAUCGCAUCCUUUGCACUUCAACUACUUGAAGUCGCUUCUGUCUCUCAUAUGAAAAAGCUUCGUAGAAAUAAACAAAACAAACUAGAUGCUGAGCUCGGUCAAGCCUAUCAAAACAACGAAAAGGUUCAGGACGAGGCUCUGUCCGUUCACGGCGGUAGUGUGCACCAUAUGGGUGAUGAUCAUGGCCACGCUCAUGGUAUGUUUCUUGAAGGUGAUGAAGCCAUGAAGCACAUUGGUACCUAUAUCCUCGAACUUGGUAUUGUUAUGCACUCCAUCAUCAUCGGCAUCACACUUGCAGUCACAAAAAAUGAUGAAUUCAACACGUUACUCAUCGCCCUCGUCUUUCACCAGUUCUUUGAAGGUAUGGCUCUAGGAACACGACUGAACGAGAUAAACUACGAUCGCUGGUACAAGCCUGUGCUCAUGGGCCUUCUCUAUGUCUGCACGACACCCAUUGGUAUCGCUAUCGGAAUUGGCAUUCGUAGUUCCUACAAUCCUAACUCGUAUUCAGCUAUCUUGUCCCAAGCCAUCCUUGAUUCACUCUCGGCUGGUAUUCUUCUCUAUAAUGCCUAUGUCUCCCUCAUGAGCUUAGAAAUCAGUCAUAACACUGCAUUCCAUAAUGCGUCAACAGCACGUAAGGUCUGUAGCUUUGUAUCCAUGUAUGUGGGUGCUGGACUGAUGUCUUUGAUUGGAGAGUGGGCUUAGAUGGUAUAUCUUGUGUAUAUUUUAUCUAUUUAUUUAAUAAACCAUAUUGCACUGUAUUCAGAAAUUACGCUGAUAGAUAAAUGGGAAUUUCAGACAAUAAAGAAUAAAAGGAAGCCCUCAAGAAGUAAAAGAAUAAGAUAUAAAAGAUAUUCUAUAGUUUUAGCGUGCCCAUAGUGGUCUUUUCUUUUUCCUUAAUAUUUGUUUAAUCGUAUACAGUGAGAACGGUAAAUUUUG